UGGUGCGUUGACAGCUGGACUCAUGUUUCUACUUAGGUCAAACGAGUAACUUGUUAUUGAUAUUUAGCAGUCUGCAGUGCUGAAGGUUGCAAUCAUUGCACAAUUACUUUAUUAUUAGCACAUUGCAACGUUUGCACACAAGUUAUUUGUUCUCUGCCAUAAAGGUCAAAUAUAGCAUUGGUUUACUGAUGUUAUAACCCCUAACCAUCCCUUAAUUCUGUCAACUUCAAUUGAAAUUUUGCAAAGAAUUGACAUCAUGGCGGUCAAGUGUGAACGGCCCAAGCUCUCCGAUCUGGGGCUGACGACCAACGACUCGAGCGUGUUUUACUGCACACAGUGGACGACAUGGCCGUGGGUUCAUUACCCGUUCGUGUUGUAUCGUAUCGUGAUAGCACUCUACAUGUUGGGUAUGCUCCUCGCGACCACUAUUGGUCAAAUCCAGCAGAUCGGUGGUCAAACCUUUCUCUAUCUGACCAACUUGGCCUUGAUCGUCGUUGCGGUGUACUUGCUGGUUGGCGCUUUCAUUGCUUGGCUUGAUGGUGUCAUUUUGCGUUCACGCAACCAUGAAGUGAUGGGCAUACGGCAUAGGAUCCACUGGUUCCUCUUCAGUAUCACCAUCAAUAUCAACCUGAUUGUCACAAUAGUCUACUGGAGCCUCCUGUACAGCCCUAGCUACAAUGGGCCUUCCUUCUUCGACUUCAACGUCCACGCUACCCCCGCCAUCAUCUCAACACUGGAUCUCUUCGUGACAGCUAUUCCCGUACGACUUCUUCACUUCGUCUACCCUUUGGUAUUUGGCAUAGCCUAUGUUGUCAUGACCGUUAUCUUCUGGGCAGCCGGGGGACGCACGGCCUACGGACCCAUCUACCCCAUCUUAGACUACACCAACGACCCGGGGCUUGCUGCAGGAGUCAUCUGUGGAGUUAUGGUACUCUGUCUCGUCUUGCAGGGCGCCCUCUGGUGUCUUUACAAACUCCGAAUGUGGGUGUGGAUGAAAUGCAGGGAGGGUUUUGACAACGAGGAGUUGAAUAUAAUAGAGGCAGUUCUCUAAGACGUGCGCGCUACAAUGUUUGAACUUCGGUCUGAGGUUAAAUUUCGUAGAAAUUCAGCAGAGUCAAUUACUGAUCACUAAAAAGUGCGUUCCCGCAUGGGUGCGUUCGCGUAGCAUGUAAGUAAACUUACACGAGAGCGUUCGUUAAGCAACGACGUGAUACUCGUGUCUGAUAAUGCCGAGGUGUAAUGACGUAACCGGAAGCGUUCGUGGCUAGCGAGAUUGAACUUGGGUGGGAACCUGAAUACGAAUUGAAUAUAAUGGAGAGAUUUAUGACACAAAUAUUCCCAGGUAUUUGUCAAUGGUCCCAACUACACUGAUUUUUUAUGCUUAAGUUUAUUUUAAAAGGUUUACCUUUACUUAAUUGUAACUUGUAGUUGACGGAAGUUCAAAUGUAAGGAAUUCACUUGAACAAUGGGCAUUGUGUUUGAAUUAGGCUAUGUAAGAAUGCCAAACCGCGAACCUACCAGUGUAAUGGAAUGUGAGUGCAUGUAGCUCUCUGGUGUCCUUUUAUUUGUGUUAAGCCAGAUCUAUCCGAAUUUUUCCAUUGUGUUAACAGUGUAGUAUAUGAGGUUAAGAAUGCCAAAUCUCGGCAGAGUGCCACAUUGACACAGUGGCUAACUUUAGGUUUGGGUUAAUUUUUGUUCAGCUGAUAGUUUAAAGAAUUAAAAGUCCUUUUUUUUUUGUUAU